GAGGCAGAUCAUUGUGUCCAAUGUUUCUCCACAGAGCUGACUUAAACCUUUCUCCUCAAACAAAACGACCCCCGUUGAGAUAGCCGAGAGUCGGGUUUCGUCUCCCGGAGAGGAGCUGGAGGUAGACUGGGGAACACCAGAAUGAUCAACACCAUGGAAUGCGCAGUGGACGCGCAAAGCCUGAUCUCCAUUUCUCUAAUGAAGAUCCACAACUCCAGGACGCAGAGAGGGGGGAUCAAGCUGCACAAAAACCUGCUGGUGUCCUAUGUGCUGAGGAAUGCCAGGCAGGUCUACAUCAAGGAGAAAUACGCGGAGAUCUAUAGGAUGCAGCAGUACGAGGAGGUGAUGACGGUCUGCAAUGAGAUCCAGGAGCUCAACCCGCUGGAUCUGGACGCAGAGGACGCCGACGAUGAGGAGCAGGCACGGGCAACUUGCUGCAGCGAAGAGGCGAGUCUGUGCAGCUCUGCGUGCCACCGAGGCACGGCGCAGUCAGCGACGCACGCCCGGACAGCGAGCCCUCUUUUCGGCUGCUCUUCCCCCGAGGACGGCAGCCGGGAACCGGAUCCCUACUACUACCGAAGCUGCUGCAUGGAGGCUUCGCCCGUGUCCCACUGUGAGCAGCUUCCUGCAAGCAACACCACGCACUGCAACAAGACCACGGUGCUGGAUUUGGACACACAUGUGGUGACCACAGUGGAGAACGGCUACCUCCACCAGGACUGCUGCUGUGAUGCACUCCAGUCCCCGGCCAAGAAACGGAAGGUUGAGUUCGACUGUUGUAUAUCCGACGCUGAGGAACUAUCGGACUUUACAGCUGCUCGCAAACGGGCGAAACGCGAGGAAUGUUCCUACUCCAGCCUCGACUACACGGACACUUCCAAUAUCUCCAACCUGAUUUCCAUCUUCGGCUCGGGGUUUUCAGGACUGCUGAGCAGACAGGCGGACUUGGAACAGAUCUGUAGCAAACAGGUCCUGGCUAGUCUGGGGGCAUGGACCCGAGCGAUUGUGGCAUUUUGAAUCAAACCCUUUAUUUUCGGAGACACCGGGGUCAGUUGUAACAUGAAGUAUUCAACUAAAGUGAACCCAGGGGACAUUGUUGGGAAACACUUGGCUAAACUCAGGAGAAUGUUCUUGAUAACAAAGUAUCUUCCCCGUGUUUACAACACAUUCUCAUGUCGUCUGUGCAACUUCAGCAAAUGUUCUGUGUUUUUUUAAAUGGCCAUGCAAGACGGAAUGUGUUCUACAACCUCCUGGGAAUGUUCUUUGAACAGGUUUUCGGAACACUACAGAAUAUUAAUAAACCUCCUCUCUAUGUACCAUAGUCUGCUGUAAGUCAGUGUUAUCCCAGAAGCUGUGCAUUGUUACACACACAGUCAGUCUCCUGUGAGGUCAGUUCACCAACAGCAGCACGGUCAGUAGGAGAUGCCAUUCAACUUCCCAGUGAUGGUCACUCGUUUAUAAUUAAUUAUUAAUAAACGUAUAACACUCAAAGUGUCAAAUUAUCACAAUUAGCCAAACUGUAACCUAUAACUUUAAUUAUUCCAUAUGUGGAACACUGACAUGGAUUUUAUAACCGUUACCUCCCAGCAUCGGAUUGCGUUUCACAUGCUUUUAACAAAAAGACAAAAGUGUCAAGAAUUAUACCUCACAUAAUAUAAUAAUAUGUCACCGUGGUUCAUUGGUGUGUAUGUGUGACAUCACCCACACUUGUUUCUGAUUGGAGGAUAUGGAGGCGUUACAACUGAGCCCGGUCUCCACUACAAAGUCUAAAUCUACUUUAUUUUUGCAGGAAAAAGGAAAAAGUAUUUAAAAACUGAGCAUUUAAAAGAGGAGGGAGAUGAGAGAGUUUGUGUUAUACACAGUGAGUCUUGUACGAGCGUUCCUGGUGUCAGAAUAGGAGAUAAUGUCUGCAGAUGACCUACAGAAGUGGGACUGGUGGAAGGGAUUGACGUCCAUUGCCUUAAAUGAAAUGCACACCACUGCUAGCUAUUGUAACAAACAGAAAGUGACUGAAUGUCUCUCCUGUUCUGGGCCGAGGAGCCAUUUGGAAAAACUGUUUGUUGUCAUGUAAAACAAGACUCCUUCCUAAACACUCACAUCACUUAAUGGCUCUCCAACACAUCGGUACUGAAACACUCUCCCAGUGUGAGAUAGUGAACAGUGCUGGUUGGAUCCCCACCCCCCUCUUAAUCAUGGUUGUUGCUCAAAGCCUUCACAGUUAUUCAGAAUUCCAACAUUUCUUGGUUUUGUGAGUUUACUUUGUUUUGUGAAAUAAUUAUCUUAGUCCUUUUGUUUUAAAAAGGCAAACUCCUGAUUUAGCCAUAACCCGAGAAUCCACGCAUUAGCUUUAUGAGCACUAUGUGUACCAAAAUAAAGAGAGUAUUCAGCCAUUCUCUAUAUAUUUAGUUGUUAUUCUUGUACUUCUGUCCUUACUAAAUUGUAUAUCACCGGGUAAAA